AUGCCUCCUCACGGCAGUGCAGAUCACGAUGGGCUGGAUAUGAGUCAAAUUGAUUGGCUUCCGCAAAUGCUUACCGUACCUUCACUCGGGACAUCACCAGGGACAUCGGAGCCACGACGAUCGGAAACACAUCUACAACCUUCACUAAGCUCAAUCUCAUUCAGACAACCGGAAAGUGUAACAGUAGUGGUGGAUCCACGCGAUGGCGCAGGGUCCGAUCAAGUAUUCCUAGAUGAGAAGGAUCGGACUGUAAAUCGGCGAUUGCGCGGAAUCCAUGUGUUUAUGAUCACGAUUAGCGGUGUCCUCGGCGUGGGGCUUUAUCUUCGAAGUGGAUCUAUAUUGCGAAUCGGUGGGCCGGCAGCUGUCUUAAUAUCGUUCUCAGCCAUGGGCCUGCUAGCCUGGUUGGUCAUGCAAUGUGUCGGAGAGUUCCUCGCGAUAUGGCCUGUGGCUGGAGCGCUUGUGGAGUUCGUCGGGACAUUUGUUGAUGAAGACCUGGGCACUACAGUCGGUAUUGCAUAUUGGAUAUCUUACUGUCUGAACUUUGCUGCUAUGAUUGUGGCUGCUGCGGGUGAGGUUGAAUUCUGGAACACAAGCAAGGCAAUACAGGGCACUGUGAUCCUGUUCAUAGUGCCAUUGUUCCUAGUUCUUCUUAAUAGCUUCGGCGUACAGAUUUAUGGUUUUACAGAAGUAAUCGGGGGUUCAGUAAAGAUCCUCGGGGCCAUUGUUGUUACUGUGGCAAUGAUCGUGAUCAACGUUGGAGGUGGAAGCGAAGGGCACAUUGGCACUAGAUACUACCGUGACUCAUCUAUAUUUCAGUUCGAUGAUAGAGCGGCGGGAAACUGGGUGACUGCAUUGUUCAUCUCCUUUUCCAUUGCCGCUUUCUCCUUUGUAGGUGUCGACAUUGCAGCCGCAACAGCGCUCGAGGCACGUCCCGACAAAAAGCGAAUUUCGGCAGAGGACCCUUUGAAUGAAGAAUUGAAACAACCGUGGCCAUUCAUCUCCAUCCGCUUCUCCGCGACUUGGACGAGUUUCAUUGCGUGGAUCGCUUACUUUGUCGCGGGGUUUGUGAUGACCCUGAACUUGCCUUGGGACUCUGAUCAAUUACCCGAGGCUGGAUGGCUGGGCCACCCCGGUCCAAAAUCCGACAGACCAAGUGAUUCGGGCUUUGUUAUUAGCGCGAAGAAAUCUGGAAUCAACGGGCUAGCGGACCUCUUUAAUGUCAUUCUACUGUUCACUGCCCUUACCUGCGCCAAUACUAAUCUAUAUGUGGCGUCCCGCACACUCUUUGGUUUGACACGAAAGAUAUACGGAAAGCAGUGGCGGUGGCUGGCAUUCUUCGGCAAGACAAACAGCUACCAAGUUCCAGUGAGGGCCAUGUUUCUCUCGUGCUGCUUCCUAUGGGUGCCCUUCUUAUAUCUGUCGCCGAAUAAUGCGAAGGGUACCACUAUCGCUAGUCUUCUUGAAGUUUUAUCCCAACUAGGGUCUGUAAGCUGUUUGAUUGUCUGGGCUUGUGAAUGUUGGGCUUUUAUUCGCUUCUAUAAUUGCAUGAAGGUGCAUCAAGUCGAGCUCCAUAAUUCCCCCGAAUUCGCACAUGUCUGCCGUUUCCGUCGUCCCAAUGCCCCAGACUAUUAUCCAUGGCGCUCCCACGGCCAACCGGUAACAAUGUACCUCGCCUUAGGGGGUUGUCUGUUUACUCUCAUUGUUGCUGACGGAGCGGCAUUGUGGAAUGGCUUCCAUGCAUCCCUAUUCCUAUCAGCCUAUUUAGCGCCUCUAUGUUUUCUGCCCUUAUGGUUUAUAAUCAAAGCCUAUCGCUCUGGAGGCUGGCAAAACAUUCGAUGGGAGCUCGAAGAUCUGUCUAACAUCAUUGAGGUGAAGGAGAAGAUUCGAAAGUUGGACGAGCUUAAAGACCGUGCAACGGCCAGAGAUAGUACUCCGCAGAAGCCUGGAUGGGGAAAUCUCUGGGGCGUAAUCUGA